AUGACACCAAAGUAGACACGUGCGCAUGCGCAACAGCUGCGCACGUUAUUUUGGAUUUGGAAGUGUGUUUAACAGAAACAGUUACAUUAGCGGGCUUUACUACGCCUUUUAAGUUGUUUGUUUUCACUGUGUUUCUCGAGUAGGUCACGUUUUGCAUCUGUCAUAGCUGUCGCUGUAACCAAGCGACAUAUUUUAAACAAAAAGAGCUGAAGUAGAAGAGGAAAGCUAAGUGGCUAGCUUAGCUCGCUGUAGCAGCAUGGCAGCUGUACUGGAGCUGAUUGCUGGGAGCUACGAGCAGAUCGCGUUUGGUUACCGAGUGAAAACUGAUGAAAAAGAGUGGACAGCCAAGCCAGACUUUACACAUCACGCCCACACAGCAUCCAUAUCAGCUGUAGCAGCCAGUGAGAGGUUUGUUGUCACAGGAAGCAAAGAUGAGACCAUACAGCUGUAUGACAUGAAGAAGAAAAUAGAGCACGGUGCUCUGCUGCAUCAUGACGGCUCCAUCACCUGCCUUGAGUUUUACGGUGCGUCUCAUUUAAUGAGCGGAGGAGAGGACGGACUCCUGUGUGUGUGGAGCACAAAGAAGUGGGAGUGCCUGAAGUCCAUCAACGCUCAUAAAGGCCAUGUCACAUCUCUGUCUGUCCAUCCAUCGGGGAAACUUGCACUUUCAGUCGGGACAGAUAAGACUCUCAGAACAUGGAAUCUUAUAAGUGGAAGAUCGGCCUUCAUCAAAAACAUCAAACAGAAUGCACACAUUGUUAAAUGGUCUCCAGACGGGGAUAAAUAUGUGGUGGUAGUAAAUGACACGGUGAACAUCUACGACCUGGAGACGGCCUCUGUGACAGGAACAGUCACAAACCCUAAAAGGAUCUCGUCUGUGAAAUUCUUAAAUAACUCCAUCCUGGCCGUCGCAGGAGACGAUGAAUUUGUGAGGAUGUGUGACAUGGGGAAAGAGAAGUGGGUGUGUGAGUUUAAGGCUCAUGAAACCAGGGUGAAAGCAGUCGACAGUUUUGAUAUGGAGGACUACUGCGUGUUGGUGACGGCUUCAAAUGACGGAUUCAUCAAAAUGUGGAAACUCCAUCUUAAAGAGGAGCUGGAGACUCCCACACUCCUUGGGGAAGUGAACACAACAGCCAGACUGACGUGCCUCGCCGUGUGGAAACCUUCAUCUGUGCAGCAGACGACCGAGGAACCAGCAGCUAAGGCGACAACGUCUGAAGAACUUACCCGAGAACUUUCAAAGACGAAGAGAGUCCGAAUUGCGGCAGAGGAAGUUGUUCUAGAAGAUGAGAGCAAACCCAAAAAGAAGAAAAAAGGCGGUGGAAAAUAAAAUAAGCAGCAAUAAAAGUCUUUUAAAAUCUCUCUAUGGACUUUUUAAAAAUCUGGACUUUUUCUGGUCAAAUGUGGCUUUACUUUGACAAGUUUCAUGUUCUGACUUUAUUUUUGUGAUAAGAUAUUCUUUCUGUCGCUGAAAAGAAGAAAAAAGAUGUUGGAAUAUGAGAUGGGCAACAAUAAAAAUAUUUUAUAAUCCAUGCAUUUCUAAGUGGUUGGUGUAGACUUAAAGUAACUUUUAACUGACUGACUGACUAUAUAUAUUAUAUCUUUUUUAAAUACUCCAACAUGCUUUUGCUCAUAGUUACCACAAGGAGGUAAUAAAGUGUAGGCUGGCUCUGUUUUUAAUACAACAGUCCUGCAUUAAUGAAGGUUAUAAAGUUCAGUUUGUGUUCAGAUUGUUUAGGAGAGGUGUAGAUUCAACUGUACAAUAACUCUGCAGGAUGUAGUUUGUGUUGCUGUUGAGCUGUAUUACAUCAUAUUAUCGUUGUAUUAGACUGAAUUUUUUUAACCAGGUGUAUCCAAUAAACUGACAACUCAGUGUA